UGGAGGCACGACUUCAGAAUUUCAAUGAUUUGUACUCAGUCUGAUUAAAUUCACCACUUGAUUGGGAUACUUGUAUUCAGUUUAGAGAAUUGUGACGUGGUGAACGUAUCGUUCAGGCCACACAGAAAGAAUACACAGUUUGCCUUCAAUAAUUUUUUCAAAGCUUCACUCUCACGGAUUACAUUGUCACUGAUUGAAAGCCACCAUCAUCACUGACAUAAAAACAAAAUGGAGUCGACUCGCUCAGCGUCUGUGAUCAACAAUAACAAUGAGAAAUGUGAUGAGGUAUCACUUCGAACCGACUAUAAAUCAAACCUUUCUGAGAUACUCCACGAUCAAAAUGUUGUUGAUUUGGAGAGAAGACUGAUCACACGUCCUGCGACCUCAACAAUUCGAAGACCAUGUCUCUUUGGUACUCAAACACUCAGUCAUCAACAAUCCGAGGAGGAGAAUGGUGACCAUGGAAGCGCCUCAGUUAUGAGCGAUUACAAUUGCUGCAGUCUUGAAACUGCAGUCAUGAAACCAGAGUAUCAUUCUGUUGGAGUGAAAGUAGGUGGAACAGCUUCACCUCGUAGUGAAGGUGGACCAACAAUUCGAUGCAAUUCUGUCGACAAGUAUGACUGGAAUGCAAUGAUCGCAGAAUCACAUGUGAUUUCUCCCCGGGUGUUCCAGACACUGGACUAUCACAGAGCAACAGAAGUGGUUUCAACAGGUGCUACAGACAAGAAAAGUGAAGAUGUCUGUUACUGGACAGGAACCUUACCAUUUAGAAAAAACAUAUCAGGAAAUAUUUCAAGAAAAGUGUUCGUUUACGGGUUGCCAGAUGGAAUAACGGAGUCUGGUAUAAUGGAGGUGUUUUGUAGAUUUGGCCAAAUUACCGUCAUUUGGCCAAAACCAGAUGGUGUUCAUUUGAGUAGCGAGUAUAACAAUAGAGGUAAGUCAUUUUACUGGUAA